AUGAUGGUUAGGUGGCAAAUAAAUAAACUCAUCCUUCAAUCCACUUCACCACCGUCUCCGUCGCUCACCAUGUCCCAAUACAAGUCCGCAAUCAGAAAUCAGCAACAGCAAGAUGGCCCAGAGGCAAAGUACCGUGCUCAGGCCCGCCAGCUCCAAGAGAUGUUCCCAACCUGGUCCAACGACAAUCUGCUCUCCCUGCUCGUCGAAGUCAACGGAGACGUCCAGACAGCAGCCACUAGACUCAGCGAAGGCAAUGUCGAACAAUGGGGCGAGGUUUCCCGCAAAAAGGACAAAAAGACACCUGUCCCCGCCAGCCCUGCCUCGAAGCCGACGACUUCCGCUGUUAGAGGCGACUCUCGUGGCGGCAGAGGCGGGCGCGGGGGUCGUGGAGGGCCAGGACGCGGUGGCGCCGUCACGAGGGGGCGCGGCGGUCCUCCAAGGGGCAGUGCCAAUGGGCAUAUACCCCGCACAGAGAGCCCACACACCAAUGGCACAGAUGCGACGUCGCCUACCACUGGCAGCGACGCGUUCUCCAAGGCAGUAGGCGACUCGCACGACCACCAGGAAGGAUUGACGCCCUCCAACUCCGGCUGGACGGAGGUUUCCUCGCAGCAAGAAAACUCGAGCCUUGCGACCUCCGUCUCUACCGGGACAUCUGCUUGGAGUGCACCCACCGACACUAAUGGGAGUGCGGCGGCUAACAUCUCUGUUGGCAAGCAAACUACGAAGACACCUGCUACGUCGAAGUUGUCAUGGGCGCAAAUUGCGAGACCACAAGAGAAACCAGCCCCACCUCCAACGGCUGCUCCUCAACCUAUUGCCCCGCCGGCUUCAACGUCUACACCCGCUCCUCCACCGCCAACCUCUGCACCUGAACCCGAGCCAUCCGCCCAACCUCAGCAAAAUGGAUGGGAAGAGCCAACAACCGUCGAGGCACCAACAUGGGAUGAGCCCAGCCAAACCACAACAGCUGAUGCCUGGCCUCCUUCAACCGAGCCUGCAGUCGAGACACCAGCACCAGAAGCACCUGCGUCAGAGCUUAAGCCUGAAGUGGCUGAAGAACCACCAGCGCCUGCCCCGCCUGCCCCAGAGCCCGUCGUCGAGUCAAAACCAGAGCCAAAGCCUGCCUCGCCAGCGCCUGUUGCUGCCCAACCUCCUUCGGCCCUCCCUGCGCAAGUGGCCACUCCAUCGCCGAAGCUCGCCUCGCGCCCUGCUGUUUCAUCACACCGGAAUAGUGCUCGCUACAAGGUGACGGACCAGCCUGUAACGCUGCCGCUGUCGUUCGGCACGGGCAUCGAGAAGGUUGGGAUGCAAUUUGGUAGUCUCAGUCUCGGUGGUGAUAACUUGGCUGAACCGGAGAAAUCCGAACCUGUGGCCCCUGCAGCACCUGAGCCUGCGAGCGUUGCGCCUGCAGCGCCCCAAUCAAAGGCCCCACUCGAAGCCGCGGCUCCUCCGCCCCCUCCGCCUGCCACUGCGCCAGCCGCCUCGACGUCACUUUCUUCUGUCUUCCAACAACAGCAACAACCCGCCCCUCAACCCUCAGCUCAAAAUCAAACACUACUCCCGCAAUCAACCACAACUCACCACACCUUACCCCCGUCCAUAUCCCAGCCCGUUCCCACCAACCAAAGCCAUGCUGCUGCUUCCCCUCUCCAACAAUUCGCCCAACAACAGACCCAACAACAGACCCAACAACAGCAGCAGCAGCAGUCUCUCGUCAACAACUCCGCUCCUCAGCAACAGCAACUUCAUCAACAACCCCCCAACCUCCAUCAGCAAUCUCAGCAUCAGCCUCAGCAUCUCCAACACCUUCCUCAGCAAGUGCACCAAAACCAGCACACGGCACACCACAACUACUCGCAGCAUGCCCUCUCGUCGCAUAUCGAGCCUACACAACCAGCGCAACCGCCUAUUCAACCUCAGGCGCUGCAUACCUCGAGCUACUUCCGCCAGGCAGACACCUCGACGCCCAAUCCUUACUCGUACAACCCCACCCCGCCUGCUCAGUCCCAGGACACGUCGUAUGGUGCCUUUGGUCAGUUGGGUGGGGGGCAAGGGCAGCACCAGCAAGCUUCGCAUCUAGGCGCGUUCGGAAAUGCGGACUACGGUUAUACCGAGACGCAACGAGGGCAGGGCUUCUAUGAUACUUACGCCCAACAGGCUGGCUUCGGCGCAAGGAACGCCCUCGGACACGAUGACGUCAAGGGAAUUCCUGGCGCGCAGCAGGGUGCAGGGUCUGCCCUCCCGCCCUCGAGCACGCAAGGCCCGCAAUCCCACUCAUCGCAGGCCUCCAACCAGCCUCAGCCUGCCAGUGCCCAGGGUCCACAGCAGACCUACCCUCCUCCUGUUCCCUACUACUACACCUACCCCCAGAACCAGUACUAUGGUUCGCCGUACACCUCCGGCUACGUCCCUCAGCCCUUCGUCAAGUACCCCACGAUGUUUCAGCCCGGGCCACCCGGGUCGGCGACAAACCCUACCGCGAAACAGCCCGCGGGCAACGUCGGCGUCGGUGUGCAGCCCCAGACGAACCCGUACAGCCAGGGUCUAUAUCAACAAGGCACAUAUGACGACUACCAGCAACACCCACACCACGCGCAGCACCAGCACACACAUAGCUUGGGGCUGGGCCAGGGUGUAGGCGCGAGUGAUUACGGCAAGCAGCUGUAUGGAGGUGCGGGUCAGGGCGGUAUGCAAGGUUUCAUGGGGCUAGGAGGACAGAGUGGGGCUGGUGGAUCGGUCCCCGCGUCGAAUGCUGGCCCUCGUGGAGGCGGGUCGCCCGACACGCCGUACAAGCCGUACGCGGCGAAGGACGUGUCGGUGUCCGCUGGACGUGGUGCUCCCGUGCAGCAAGGUCAAGGUCAAGGGCAGCCACAAGGUCAAGGUCAAGGGCCAGCCGGCCAGGGAGGACCGCAAGGACAGGGCUUUUAUGGCACGAAUAGGUUCAAUGGCGGUGGUGCCGGGGUGGGAGGCGUGGGUGGAGGCCCGCAGCAGGGUGGACACCACCAGCAAGGUGGGCCGCAAGGCCAUCUGGGCUACCCGCAGAGUGGUACUGAGCCCAACUUUUAUGGCUACCAGCCCAGGCAGCAACAGUACUGGCAAUGA